UUCUCCAAGGUUACUUCCAGUUCCAGCCGAAACCUCGGUCUGUGUUUCAAUUCUACUUCCGUCGAGCAACUCGCUAAACUCAAUACAAUGGCCGCCUUCGCCGCCGCAGGCAGAUCCAUUUUCCGCUCGUCGUCCUGCGCUCGCAGUGCGGCUGCCCGGUUUGCCUCGCAAACCAAGGCCGCUCCAAAAUCCGCUCCAACUUCCUCCUUUAGUGCUUCCACCAGCAAGCCCCUCUCUAGACCUGCAUUCAGGCUUCCAGUCGAGAUGAGCUCUGCGGUGGAAUCCAUGCUGCCUUACCACACUGCUACUGCCUCAGCAUUGAUGACCUCGAUGCUUUCCAUCUCUCAGCGUGGUUAUGGAUGGCUUCCUGAAGCUUUCGUUGCUGAACUUUUGGGUGCAAAGAUCCUAGACAUUGGGGGUGUCCGGUAUCUAGCAACGUUUGUCCCCGUCCUUGAUGUUCUUUUCUUCCUUUUGGUUUCCUGGACGAGUCAAGACUAGAUGAUGGAGGAGAAGCAAAGAUGGAAUGACUUGGGUUUAGUAGACUAUUGAGCUCUUAGUAAAUUAGGCGAAAUUGGCAUAUCAGAUGUAAAGUGUCAAACUUGAUUUUAAUGAUUGGAGUUUUGGAAAGAACAUGGCUCAUACGUUUUGUUGUAAGAAUCUUAAAUAAGGCCGAUAUUGUUGUCUUUAGAUUCUGAAUUUUUCAGGGCAACUUUCUGUUCACAUUGUGCCUUUUCCCUUUAAUAGCCAAAUCCACAAAAAGUUGGAAGCUUUUUGUACAUCUGGAAAAUAGUCUUUUUGUUGAUUGCUAUAAUAUUGGGUGCAGGUCUUGCGUCAAAAGAUGUGUUUUAAAUUUAAGAAGGCCAAUGGUACCCUGAUCAUGUGCCUGGGUCUUUUAGUAGUUGAAUCUCUUCUGGAUCUAUGGAAUCACUCUGCAUUUUGGAGGACAGUUUCCUGUUCUUCCUUAUUGGUAUGAUCGCUGUUCAGAUUGUCAUCUGAAUGGUUUGGUGUUCUUAUAAGGUCAUCUUCUGAGAUGCCUCAUUAGUCGGUAGAAUGAUUUAUAGUUGUGUCAACUCUUUUACUUGCAGUUUGUCAAGUGAAGUGUCUUGAUGAAAUACUAGUUUGAAAAGAACCAACCUGACUAUUUUCUUUCCAAUCAGCUUGCAAUGAUGAUGUGUGAUGAAUGUUCAGAGGAUUCAAGCAACUUUAAUGCAAUAGACAUUUAGAAGUUCCGAGUGAGCUGCUGAAGGGGCGAGUUUGAUUUUGUGAGUUUCCAGGCCUAGAUAAUAAGUUUCUCCCGGUACCCCCCAAAGAGGCAAUCACCUCUUUUGAGCAUGGCAUUUAGAAUGUUGAUGUGAACAGAUGUAUUAGUGUUAAUAGAAUUGAUUUGUAAUCUUCACCUUUCUGUGAUCUUUCUGCCCAAGCAUUUUCAUUAUUCUGUUGCUGGUUCACAACAAUAGGCAACUAAUUAAUCUUUUACAUAACCAGCUUGCAAUGAUGAUGUAUGAUGAUGAAUGUCAAAUGGCUACAGAAGAAGUUCCGUUGGGGAAUCCUCUUCGCCUAGAAAUGGUCGGUCCGGCAGGGGAUUUUAUCACAUUGAUGUUAUUAUUUGUGUAGUAGUGCAACUUUAAAGACAAUGAGUUCUUGCUAUGUCUUCUCUUUGUGUAAAUGCUGGUCAUAUUACCCUGCCCAAGAGAUCGGACAUUUUGUCUGUUUUUU